GUCGUUCUCGCCAGUACUUGGACUCCUCGACGUGUUCGUGCACUUUAAAACCUGCACAGGAGUUCGGCUUCUUCCUCUUUGGGCUGCUUGAGCUGAAUACGCCUCCCUCACAUCUGCCUCUCGCUGGCCUAACAUGCUCCGAGGAACUACGCGGGUAGUUGCGUUCAGUCGCGUCCCUGGCAGAAGGUACCUUUCGUAUGCUGGCCGCACUUCCCAGCACACAAGAUCAGCUGUGGUCUUGACCUCUGUCUCCGCGGCUGCUGCAGGUGCGCUAUGGCACGCCACGAAUGCGCGAGAUGUCAUACACAACGACGCGCCCUCGACCCCCGAGGUGCGCGCAAGGGGAGCGUCGGAUGGGAGGACGCAAAAUGCGGAUGCGGAGUUGACCACCCUAGUGUGGGGUGCAAACAAAACGCAUAUACUCGAGGGCGACCUUCCGGAGUCCGUAAGGGUGCCGACACCUUCGGAGUGGUUCGACAAUGUCGCGCUGCGUGACCUGGCACUGCACGAACAGCAUGCAGCAUGCGUCGAUGCGCGAGGGGACUUGUACCAAUGGGGCGACGGCUUCUUUGGUAGCGAGCCUGGCUCCUCUCGUACCAAGCCGCGUGUCACUCUCCGAGGCAAGAACAUCACCCAGCUGCAGCUGACGCGUUCGCGCGUAUUCGCAUUGUCCGCCUCCGGGAGGGUAUACGUCCUUUCGUCGCGUCAGGCCGAACAGGCACUCCCUGCCGGCGCACCAACUCCUGCAAGCACGCCAUGGUGGGGAACAGGGUGGCUAUGGGGGGAGGAAGAAGAGGUCAACUUCGCUGAGAUUACCCCAAACGAAGGUCUAAAGCGAGGCGAACGAUUUGUGCAGAUAUCCGCGGGGACGGACCACAUGCUGGCGGUGACGUCGGAAGGCCGCACCUUUGCGCACCCAAUCACGCUUAACGCGAACUCGCACGGCCAGCUCGGCUUCCGCAAGUGCGACGUACCCUCCCCCAUCGACCUCGAGCACUUCCACCUCCCGCACAAGCACCCGCGCAUACCGCUCGAGCUGACUCCCAAGUCCAUUGCGGACCCCUACGCCAAAGCGAGCCCUGCCAUCCGUCCCUCUAGCUCGCUUGCACGGAGUAGUGAGGCGCUAGUAGGCAAGGAGGCGGUCGCCGCUGGACUGGACGACGCGAACAUCCGCUUUUCGGAUAAGCUCUUCGAAGUCCCUGCUCUCAAAGGGGUGAAUGUAGACCGCGUCGCUACUGGCGGACGGAGUAGCUUCGUCAAGACCGCCGCCGGCAAGGUCCUCGGUUGGGGCGCAAAUGAGUUCGGACAAAUUGGCCUAGGAGGCAACGUGACGCUCGAGACCAUCACCGUACCCACGGAAGUUAUCCUGUGGCGAGCGACCCCCGCGACAAUGCGGACGACAUGCGUCGACGUCUUUGCGGGCGGCGACCUGACCAUGUUCGAGGUGGAACGCUCGGACGGCUCGGGGAUGCCGUACAUCGACGUACUUGCGUGUGGGAACGGCCAAUAUGGCGGUCUGGGCAACGCGAUGUACAGCAAUUCCCAGGGCACCCCGGUCCGCGCCAAGAACGUCAGCGGGCUCUACGAAUAUAGCGAGCGUACCCAGAACCUGCAGGCCAUAGCGCCUGAGCGGAUUUCCAUCUCUCCCACCGGCCACGUCCUCCUCACGCUGGACACCCGGAAGCACUCGGGCCCUGGCGGCGGUGGCAAGGACGUGGUGGUAUGGGGUGCGAACUUCGAGUACCAGCUCGGGAACGGAAAGCGCGGGAGCCUGCCGACGCCGACGACGCUGCUCACCCCCGAGGGCGAGCGGUUCAUGCUGCAGCACAAGCGGGCGACGGCCGUGCGGGAUCUGCAGGGCCAAGUGUGGAAGAAGGGCGUCGAGGUAGAGCAGCGCGCAGUGGCAGGGUGGAACAGCUCAGUCGUGUACUGGAGGAUCUGCCCGUAGCGCAGUUCGUGGGUGGGGUCGCAGGGGCGGAUAGGCUAUUCCCGCGGUCGGCCAUAGCGGGCGUGUAAUUGGGUUGGUAGACAGCCUAUUGUUAUAGCACUUCGGAAGC